UGUGUCCUGUGUGUGUUCAUAGCACACGACCUGUUGUCCACCAUAACCUGACAACGUUCCUCAGCUCGUUGCGGAACAGUUAUGAAGUUUGCACGAUACCUUACUGACACACAAGUCAGUCCGUUCGGACUAACCAAACUCAUAUUGCUGAUCUAGGUACUGAAUGUUAUCUUGUCGCAGACUCCCGAGUGGAAAAAGGCAUAUAUGUGCGUUCCAGCUCAAACGUUUAGACAUGCGUCGAUUGAUCACCUCCGCUAACGCCAUUUUCACUACGGUUUGAUUGUAGUGAUUAUCGCUGCCUGAAGAAAUGCAUCGGUACAAUACGUGCAGAACAGAUUGCCAGGCAAAACUCCACCGGAACUACUGAUGUUGAUCAAGUUUAUAAGCAAGCCAGAGAAUACGAAGAUAACGGUAUUGGCUACCCUGAAUAAACUCUUACCAACUCAGCUCACUUCAACACACUCUUUAGGGCAAUCGGUCCUUCCACAACCCGAUGCUCCAACUGAAGGGACCACAGUUCUUUCCGCGACCGGCCAGCAAAGGGAUAGCCGGAUACGUCCAUCGCUCAGCGUUAUGUUGCACGAUCUUUCGCCUCCAUUUCGCCUCACAGGCUCGUCAUCACAGGCUCCUUCGCAAACCACUCCUUUACCUCCCAAGACUCCGCACUUGCCACCAGUAUUCCCCUUUUUCCGUGAUACAGGCUCUCUGGCUCCUACUGCCUUACAUACCCUUCUACCUCUGCUACCACCACUUCAUGCGCAUUUUUUCGAGCUAUUAGAUUCUGAGUUGGAGAAAGUCGACUCUUUUUAUGCCGAACGAGAAAAGGAAAUGCGAGACCGUGGCAAACUGCUUAAAGAGCAGCUCAACGAACUUGGGCUUCAUCGCAAGAAGUACUAUGAAUCUAAUGGAAAUGCCACAACGCCGAGCUGGGCUGCACGAGCUCACCAAUCUCUGUCGGCGGCUUUGCUCGCCCUGACCCAAUGUCAUGGUCGUCAUCAUGCGGAUACAAGCAAGACCAAUCAUCAACCAGGGAUAGCAGCUUCUGAGUCAGGUCGAGGAGAAACUGGCCCUUCGGACACUACCAGAGAUGAAGGAAUUUCCGAGCGUAUAAUCAUGUCGCCGCUUCCUACAUCUAUCAUAGAUGGAUCAAUUCAAGUUGGAUCAAUCAAGAGCAAUCGUUCAUGCCCGCCCACAAAAGCCAAUGGCAAUAUUCCGCGGGGGAACAGCGUGUCCUUGAACAGCCCGCAGGAGUACCAGAAUGCGAAGAAACGUCUCAAGAAAGCUGUCGUGGAGUACUACCGUGGACUCGAGGCACUGAAUAAUUACCGUAUACUGAACCUCACUGGUUUCCGCAAAGCUGUCAAGAAAUAUGAGAAGAUUACACAAGUGCCUGUUCAAGCAGCAUAUAUGAAAGAGAGGGUUGAACCCUCGGCUUUUGCCUCCGGCGCGAUGGUCAGCUCAAUGCUUAAAGAGAUGGAAGAGUUGUUUGCCGCAAGGUUUGGUAUGUCGCUCAAAGGUCUCAUCUUUUAUCUUUCCAUAUGUUAUACGUUAUCGCAGAACGUGGUGACAAGAAGAAAGCGAUCAAUCAUCUUCGUGUUGGCGCGACCCAGAAAUCCCAUCAUUUCAGCACGUUUCGCACAGGCUUGUGGCUUGGUUUAUCUAUACCUGCGACAGUUACCGGUUUAUUGAUAUGUCUGCGUGACAGUACCCAUGUCUCAUUGCCUUCAUGGAAUAUCUUACUUUUCAUCUACUCCAUUUUCUUAAUCCCCACGUUACUCGCGUUGCUCGUCGGUUUGAACCUCGUCGUAUGGGCCAGAGAAAGGAUCAACUACG